CCACAGCCUGCUUCCCGCACCCUCCAUCCCCUCUCGGUCCCGCCCGCUAUGUCUCUUCUCCGCGCACUCCCGCGCACCUCUCUGCGCAUGGCGGCGCCGCUGCGUGCCUCCGGCGCCCGCCGCAGCCUGGCCACUGAGGCGCAGGACACGCGCCCGCAGGUCAAGGCUGCCGGCACGCUGCCCGUGUCGCCGGCCCUGCGCGCCCACACCGUCGAGGAGCUGCACGAGAGCUCGGCUGAGGAGAUCCUGCGCGAGGGCGGCACCCGCAAGGAGGCCAGCCUGCGCCACUUUACCGUCAACUUCGGUCCCCAGCACCCGGCCGCGCACGGUGUGCUGCGUCUUAUUCUUGAGCUGAACGGCGAGGAGGUCCUGCGCACGGACCCGCACGUUGGCCUGCUGCACCGCGGCACGGAGAAGCUCAUCGAGUACAAGACGUACACGCAGGCGCUGCCGUACUUCGACCGGCUCGACUACGUGUCCAUGAUGACCAACGAGCUGUGCUACUCGCGCGCCGUGGAGAAGCUGCUGAACAUCGAGGUGCCGGAGCGGGCAAAGUGGAUCCGCACGCUCUUCGGCGAGAUCACGCGCAUCCUGAACCACUGCAUGGCUGUGCUGUCGCACGUCAUGGACGUUGGCGGUCUGACACCCUUCCUGUGGGCCUUCGAGGAGCGUGAGAAGCUCAUGGAGUUCUACGAGCGCGUCUCGGGUGCGCGUCUGCACGCUGCCUACGUGCGCCCCGGCGGUGUGGCCUUCGAUCUGCCGCACGGCCUGCUGGACGACAUCCACAAGUGGGCUACGCAGUUCUCGUCGCGCGUCGACGAGAUCGAGGAGGUCGUGACGGGCAACCGUAUCUGGAAGCAGCGCACCAUCGGCGUCGGCAAGGUGACGGCGCAGCAGGCGCUCGACUACGGCUUCUCGGGCGUCAUGCUGCGCGGCUCGGGCAUUCCGUGGGACAUCCGCAAGGUGUCGCCGUACGACGCAUACGACCAGGUCGAGUUCGACGUGCCUGUCGGCAAGAACGGCGACUGCUACGACCGCUACCUGUGCCGUGUCGAGGAGUUCCGCCAGAGCCUGCGCAUCAUCGAUCAGUGCCUCAACAAGAUGCCCGCCGGCCAGUACAAGGUCGAUGACUACAAGAUCGUGCCGCCGCCGCGUGCCACGAUGAAGGAGUCGAUGGAGGGCCUCAUUGCGCACUUCAAGCAGUUCUCGGAGGGCUACAACGUCCCGCCGGGAGAGACGUACGCGCCGAUUGAGGCGCCCAAGGGCGAGAUGGGCGUGUACCUCGUCUCCGACGGCAGCAACCGGCCAUACCGCUGCAAGAUCCGCGCACCCGGCUUCGCACACCUUGCUGGCGGUGACUUCAUGAUGCGUGGCGCCUUCCUGCCCGAUGUCGUCGCCAUCAUCGGCACGAUGGACCUGGUGUUCGGCGAGGUCGACCGUUAAUGGCUGC